UUGCAUUUAAAACAGCAAAAAUAUGAAAAUAUAAGAAACAAGUGCAGAAAAUGUAAGAUCUAUUUAAUAUUUUACCAAUUAACGCUAAGAUAUUUUGUUUUACUCAUUUGAUAGUUAAUUAAUACAACAAACUUAUCAUUACUCACUUGUAGAAGAAAAAAAAAAUGUCACUCGACUUUCAUGGCACUAGAUAGAUGGCAAAUUGACCCGGUCACUUGUUUUUUUCCCGUGCUUUGUGCAUAUUCCAUUAACGGAAAAAUCGUCUGUAAAACCUCUUGUUAGAUAAGAGUAGAAUCACUAAUCCAUACAACUCUUAUGCAUGAUUCCCGCAACAAACUCCUGCAUACAGCAUAAAACUUCACAUCACAAUUCACAACCCAUCUCGGAAAUGAAACUAUAAGAUCUACAACAUUUCUCUACCAAUUUCUUGAAUCCUCUCUUUGGUUGUAGACAUACUGAUUACUGAUCAAUGGAAGCAGAAGUAGCAGCAAUGCCAUUGCCAACAUCAACUGAUCAUGAGAAAGAGACGCCCACAAGGCUAGAGGGGAGGUUUACUGCAAUGGUGGUGUGCUGGGUUCUUGGAAUUGGGUGUUUGUUUUCUUGGAAUAGCAUGCUGACGAUAGAAGAUUAUUAUGUUAAUUUGUUUCCGAAAUAUCACCCCUCAAGAAUCCUGACGCUCGUUUACCAACCAUUCUCCCUCGCAACACUCGCAAUACUUGCAUACCAUGAAGCCACUAUAAAUACCAGAAAACGGAACUUAUUCGGAUACAUUCUUUUCUUCUUCGGUACUCUCGCUGUUUUGCUUUUGGAUUUAGCAACAUCUGGUAAAGGAGGAAUAGGAAGUUUCAUCGGGUUGUGUGCAAUAAGUGCUGCCUUUGGAGUUGCGGAUGCUUAUGUGCAAGGUGGAAUGAUUGGAGACUUGUCAUUCAUGUUGCCAGAGUUCAUUCAAUCGUUUCUAGCUGGGCUUGCUGCAUCUGGAGCUAUUACCUCCGGUUUGAGAUUGCUCACCAAGGCCGUUUUUGAUAAUUCGCAAAACGGUUUACGAAAGGGAGCACUUUUAUUCUUCGCAUUAUGCACAAUCUUUGAGUUGCUUUGUGUCCUUCUAUAUGCGUUUGUGUUCCCAAAGCUUCCAAUUGUAAAAUACUAUCGAUCAAAGGCAGCUUCAGAAGGGUCAAAAACGGUUUCAGCCGACCUUGUUGCUGGUGGGAUUUAUUCACAUUCGGGAGAGGACGAAGCAAACUCCACAAUACGUGAAAGAUUGAGCAACAAGGAAUUGUUACGAGAAAACAUAGAUUACGCGAUGGAUAUGUUUUUAAUAUAUCUUUUAACAUUGUCUAUUUUCCCCGGCUUCUUAUCUGAAGACACGGGAUCACAUAGCUUGGGUUCAUGGUAUGCGCUUGUUUUGAUUGCGAUGUACAAUGUGUGGGACCUUGUGGGACGAUAUAUUCCAUUAAUCAAAUGUGUGAAGUUGGAGUCACGAAAGGGACUCAUGAUAGCGGUUCUUGGGAGAUUCUUACUUAUACCCGCAUUUUAUUUCACGGCUAAAUAUGCCGAUCAGGGUUGGAUGAUAUUUUUGACAUCGUUUUUGGGGUUAUCUAAUGGCUAUCUUACAGUUUGUGUCCUCACUUCGGCUCCAAAAGGCUACAAGGGACCCGAACAAAACGCAUUGGGGAAUAUACUUGUGUUGUUUCUUAUCGGAGGUCUUUUUGCCGGGGUAACGUCCGACUGGUUGUGGCUAAUUGGCAAAGCAAACACAAUGAAAGGUCUAGGCAUAUUCUCGUGUAACAUUAGAGGACAAGAAAAACAAAACCAAAAUAAGAAUGGCAGUGGAAAAGAUAUGUUGACACGAUAA